AUGAUCAGCUCAAUCGCUGUCCACAGCGGACUCCUUCAGUCGCCGAUGGCCGUCGUUGCUCGUCUUGUCACCCGUGCCGAUGUUUGCACUCACAGUGUCGUUCUCGUACUUGACGACUACGGUACUGAUCGCCUCAACUACUACUAUUCAACGAUGGUGAUUAUGGUAUUAUCAGUGACGAUUACUGCAAAACAGUACGUUGGUUCACCGUUGCAGUGCUGGGUACCGGCA